UCGGGGGUGUGAAUGAGCUGAGACUCGCGGCUGGUUGGAGAGCUGGUGACAAACACUCCGGAUUUGCCCCUCAAAACACCGAGCAAUAACCUGACGGACACUCGCUCAAACUGCCUAAAUUCCUCAGCAGCGUUUAUCCUCGAAAGUAACCUUUGGAGCUUCAACUGCUUCAGGACGGACCGGGAAGUGGCCAAACAAUGGACAUAUAAAGCGCGUUUUAUCGCUGAAUGUUCACAGAACGGGACUGAUGUUUUGCAAAGACUGCUGCUCCUGCUGCUGCUGCACGGACCGGGCCGUGGAGGAGCCACAAAGCGACGAGGAGGACAGCAGAAGUCAAAGAGACGGCGCUCCACAAAGGAGGGCAAAGCGGGACGACUGUGUGCAGCAGAGAAGCAGUGCCCUAGAUCUGAAUAACAUCUGAGUUACUCUGUCAUUCAGGCUCCUUUUAUGCUGUCUCGGGCAGCACUUUCUCAAUCCGCACCUGGAAAAACAAAGGGAACGCGUUCAGUGGCAGCACAUCUCCAUGCGUAAACGGAGAUGCACCGGCGCGUAUUCGCUGUACUUUUUCACAAUGCGUACAAUAAAUGAUGUUUGUUUUGUCACUAACUCAUCUCCUGUCCCAUGACCACACUGGUAUAGAUGCAUUAUAGACUUCCUCAUACUUCAUAUCUGCCAUGAGUGAUGGCGAUGCCUGCAGAAUCUGACAGUACCGGUGCGCAGAGCAGCACUCAUGAAAACAGCCUCAGCGCACCGGAUCGCAAUGGUUAUGUGAAAACAUGUGUCAUCCCACUGUGCCGUGACCGAGAUUACGAGUCGUGGGUGAGGCUAAUGUUCACAAAAAUAUGGAGUUCCCAGAGACUCCGGAGUGCGGUGUGCGUGGGGUCGCUUUCGGUUUUUCUCGCUCUGUUGGUCAAAUGUGCAGACUGGAGAGUUGAAGCCAGCAGCAGCAGCAGCAGCGCUGACAACAGACUCUCGCAUUCAUCGUCUCCCCUUCACUUGGUCUCAGGCUGCGCGGCGGAGCUGUUGCAAACUUGCUGGAGUGUUGUUUCCCCAUUGUUCACCCUCGUAUGUGCCUUCUUUUGGGUCGGUGUCUACUUAAUCCGCUGCGGAGUGCUAAUCCAGACCGCCCUCUCCCUCCUAACCUUGUGCCACCUGGGCGAAGCAGCUGCGUGGACUCUCCUGGACGGGACAGAUGAGCAGCUGUUUUCAUUCACGACAGCAGCCGUGGUCGUGCUCAUCUGCGUGGCCACCGGCGCACUCAUGGUAGCGCGGCUGAACCAGGGCAUAUCUGUGAUCGUGUUCAUAAGUCUGGUCAGGACUAUCUCACUCUUCUCGCUGCACAAAGUACGGGCCACUUGGAGACCGUACGUAGCGUACCUGGUUGGAGUGCUGGGCAUCCUGCUGGCGAGGUAUGCUGACAAGCUCCUUCCCAACCAAGGGAGACACAAGGAGGGCUGCACCCCCGUGACUGGAGCCAGGGAAGAGAUCCCUGUAUUUAAAAGGCGCAGGAGGUCCAGUUCUGUGAUAGCCUCAGACAUGGCACACAGUCAGCCCAACAGUAAGUCACAUCGCCGGACCUCUCUGCCAUGCAUCCAGAGGGACCAGAUGCUCCCCCGCUCCGAUUGGGACCACAAGAGAGGCUCCCGAGGAUCACAGUCAUCAGGCACCACUGUCAUGGUGGACAUAGCAGUGAUGGGAGAAGCCCACGGACUAAUCACAGACCUGCUGGCUGACCCCUCUCUUCCCCCCAACAUCUGCACCUCACUGCGCGCCGUCAGUAACCUGCUAACCACCCAGCUCACCUUCCAGCCGCUGCACCGGCCACGCCCCGCUCCCCUGCUUAACCCUAGCGAUGCCUACACCUUCUCCGACUCAGAGGAGGGACCCGAGAAAGGGGAGAGGACCUCCAUCCACAAGCGUCUGAGGCGGAGUCUCCACCCCGGUCUUCUGAGGAGGAUCUCUUCCACAUGGACCACCACCACCUCCGCCACAGGCCUGCCAACCAUCGAGCCCGGACCUGUCCGAAGGGACCGCAGCGCCAGCAUCAAACCCUACCAUGAAGCACUCACCUGCAGCUGUGGGAGACAGUACAUCAGACUGAGCCAUGGGGAGGGCUCUUUAGACAAGGGAGACAGGAUACCACGGUCAGCAGAGGACCAAGUGGUUGUGUCAUCAGACUACGACAGCACCCACGAAGCCAACCACAGUGACAGCAGUGAUGUAGCACAUACAGAGGAGGACACAGAAGAGGGAAAAAACUCCACCCAGAAUGUCAUCCUCCACCAACUAAUACCUCCAGAGGACAAACCAAUUCUGGCUCCAGAGCCGUUACUAAUGGAGGACUUAGAGCCUCUGAUGAGUCAGUUAAACAAUUGGAACUUCCCCAUCUUCAGUUUGAUGGAGAGGACCAACGGGAAAUGUGGACGGAUCCUCAGUCAGGUGUCCUACAGGCUCUUUGAAGACACUGGCCUCUUUGAGACCUUCAAGAUCCCUGUAAAAGAAUUCAUGAACUACUUCCAUGCCCUUGAGAAUGGUUACAGAGACAUACCAUAUCACAACAGGGUCCAUGCCACAGAUGUGCUUCAUGCAGUCUGGUACCUCACCACGCAGGCUGUGCCUGGUCUGCCCAGCCUCAUUACUGACCACGGCUCCGCCAGUGACUCAGACUCCGACAGUGGAAUAACACACAGUCAUAUGGGCUUCCUGGUUUCAAAGACCUACACUGUGUCAGAAGAUGGUUACGGCUGCCUGUCAGGCCUCAUACCUGCUCUGGAGCUUAUGGCCCUUUAUGUGGCUGCCGCAAUGCAUGACUACGACCACCCUGGGCGGACCAAUGCUUUCCUCGUGGCCACCAGCGCCCCACAGGCCGUGCUCUACAAUGAUCGAUCUGUAUUGGAAAACCACCACGCUGCCUCGGCCUGGAACCUCUUCAUGUCGCGGCCAGAGUUCAACUUCCUCGUCAACCUGGACCACGGGGAGUUCAAGCGUUUCCGUUUCCUGGUCAUUGAGGCCAUAUUGGCCACUGAUCUGAAGAAGCACUUUGACUUCCUGGCUGAGUUCAAUGCCAAGGUGGGCGAUGAUCCAUCCACAGGAAUCGAUUGGUCCAACGAGAAUGACAGAUUGCUGGUGUGCCAGAUGUGCAUUAAACUGGCGGACAUCAAUGGGCCUCUGAAGUGUAAAGACCUGCAUCUGCAGUGGACAGAGGGUAUUGUCAACGAGUUCUAUGAGCAGGGCGAUGAGGAGUCCACCUUGGGCCUUCCCAUCAGCCCCUUCAUGGACCGAGCGGCACCGCAGUUGGCCAAACUCCAGGAAUCAUUCAUCACGCACAUCGUGGGACCGCUGUGCAAUUCCUACGACUCAGCCAGCCUCAUGCCUGGACGAUGGGUGGAGCCCAACCCUGAGGCAGAGGAGCCAGAGAUCACGGAGACUGAGGAGGAAGAAGAGGAAGAGGAGGAUACUGCAGAGGAAGACACGUCCACCAGCUCUGAAGCAUCACAGAAAGUAACUCCCAAGAAGAGAAGGAAAGUCUUCUGUGAGAUCACCCACCACCUGCUGGAGAACCACGAGAUGUGGAAGAAGGUGAUUGCAGAGGAGACCCAGAAACAGGGCCAAGGAGCAGAUUCUGUCCAUUUAAAUAAUGUAGCUGAGCCAAUCCUGGCUAUUCACGAGGAGGAAGAGGAGCCAGGCAGCAGAGAGGAGCUAGUAGAAGGAGAGGAUCCAGAGGAAGGGGUGGAGGAACCGGAGUGGCCCGUGUCUCCGCAGGAAGACUCUAAACCUCCAGAGGAACUAGCGGAGGGGGACCCACAGUGAAACAGCCCAUGGGAAAUAUGGCGUCAGUCAGGGCAAGGACGUGAAGAAGUAUUUCUUGUUUUCUUAUCCUACCAACUGACUCCUGUCUUUGCCAGCACAUCACUUAGACACAACACUGUAGAUGUUUGGGAAAUGUGUGCCUAUACAGAAAAAAAAACAGGGUGGGAAAUUUUGUGCUUUACACAUUUUAUCUGAAUAUCUGGUUUCACCAAACAUUUAAAGGAGCUUUCCAUAUUGCAAUACAGGAAUAUUUGUGUACUUUGGGAUACAGACUCUUUUGCUACUGUCAAGAGAAGAGGAAGACUGACUUGCACAGACCUCAACCCAAUGUGGUAACACAGGACUGCAGAAAUUUGCUGCCAAUUUAUAUAUAAUUAUUUUCUGAAUGCAAUUAUAUAUAGACACCACAGUUACUUGUACUUGUGUUUCAAUUUUAGCGAGAGUUUUUGAGGUCUCACAUGGACUAUAAUAUGUUUUUUUCUAUAUAUGGAUUAUAAAGGGAGUCAAUCAAAUGAGGAA